UCCUUUAACCAUAAUUAUAAAAAAUUAUAAAAAAAAUAUAUAUAUAUAUCGGCGUACCGCAGCCAUACCCGUAUCAUACUUUUUUGGGAUUUUGCUGUAUCAGCAUACCCGCACUCAUACCCGUACCGUGCCUGCACCCGUGCUUCCUAAAAUAAUAUAGGCAUUUUCAUGAAUCAAUAUAUAUGGUUAUUUUGAACAGUUGUAUCCCUUAGUUACCAAUUGUAUCUUCUAUACAUUGAGAGUAUUGGAACCACAUUCCAACAUACGUGUCUCUUCGGGUUGCAAUGUACAUUUAAGGGAGGGUUAUUUUCGGAAUAAAAAAGUGUAGAAAACACUUUCAAAAUUUUCACUUUUUUAUAGUAGUAGAGAUAGAGAUUGGAACUGCAUUCCAACAGACAUGUCUCUUCGAGUUACAAUGUACACAAGUAAUAUAGCAUUAAGGGAGGGUUAUUUUUGGAAAUAAAAAGUGUGGAAAACACUGCAAAACCUUCACUCUUUCAUAGUAGUAGAGAUAGAGAUUUUUUUUUUGUGUGUGGUUACAAUCGGCCCAAAGCCAACAGCGCUCCAUACAUAGAAUGGAGCGAGUGCUUUCCUUACUUAUUAGCAGUUAAAGCUGUCAACAGAUCUGGUGGCAUAUCAGAAAGAACCACAUUCCCAUUAGAUAAUUGAAGAGCUUCUUUUGCUAGGAAAUCCGCACACAUAUUAGCCUCGCCCGACUGAAAGGAAGAUACACUGCCAGUAUUGAGACAUCAACUCUCGAAUUUCCUGAAGGAGAUUAAAGUUAGCAUCAAGCACACUUGGGUUGUUAAUGCCUUGGAUAGCUUCAAUAGAAUCUGAUUCAAUAAGAACCUGACGAAAUCCUUGAAUCCAUGGUAGCUGUAACCCAUUCGAAAUAGCCCACCGCUCUGCUAGAACCAUAGAAGCUCGACCCACAUGAUAUUUGAAGCCCAUAAUCCAAUCACCCUGGUUUGAUCGAAUGAGACCCCCUACUCCCUCUCGGCCACUCCAUUGUGCAACAACUCCAUCGACAUUGAUCUUAACCAUAGUUGUCAAAUCGGAAUUCGUAUCGUGAAUCGAAAUGGCCUCGUACCGAAUCGCGAAUCGAAUCGAAUCGUGAAUCGUAAAGAUUUGGUAAUGGAGAAGGAAAUGAUGAGCAAAGGAUAUAAGACAGCUUCCAAAAUGCGUAAAAGGCACCUCAUGUGGGCUUCAAGACCAGCAAAGCUAUUAGAAGUGUGGACCAGUCCAACCUAUCUUCCGUUGGAACUAGAACGUCAUCAGGAUAUAAGCAAGAUUCUUGUUCUUUCUUUCCAUUGUGAUACGAGGAAGAAGUGCAACAUGAGGAGCUAUACUGCAUCUUUUGGUGCUUCUAUUUGGACCGAAACUUCAAUUUCUAGUAGCCAAGAGAUGUAUUUCGGGCAAAACAAGGAAGGUGGCACAUUUCGUCUUGUGCAAUUCCAGUCUUCUGAUGAGGCCGAGCAACUUUAUGGUGCUCUAAUGCGCUGUCGACAUCCGAACUUGGCGCAUGUUUUACAAUUUACGGUGGAAGAAGAAGGAGGUUUUUUUUUAGCCUUCAGGAGACAAGGUACAAGCUUGAAAGACAUUUUGGAGAAAUUUGUUGAUGUAAAGAAAUUUUAUGAGGAUAUUCGGAUUACACCUUUCUACCAAAAGAUUUUGAUUGACUUACUUCUAGUGGUAAGGCAUUUGAUGGAUACCAAAGUCAAGUGCACACUUGAUCUGUCAGACAUCUAUAUUUUGGAUAAGGGACAUGUUAUGAUGACAAAUUUCAAAUUGAGAGAUUGUCCAAGUUCAAUUUCUGAAUGGAAAGAAUUAGCCGUGGUUGUGAAGGCUAUAAAUGAAAAUAUCAAUUAUGAAGCAAACAUGGAAAUGAAUAUUUUUAUAAAGUAUCUUGAAAGUGAAAAUGCAAAGAAUUUUACAAACUUGUCCAAACUGCCUCUCUUUUGGACACCAGAAGAGAGAGGAUUAUUUCCUCGUGCUGUUUGGGACUUCAUAAAAGCAAAACCUUCUCUAUCUAGUGUGAUAAAUAGCUCACCUUUCGAAGGAAGUGUCAAUGUGUUUCAAAACGAUCCUAUAUUGAGGCAACUAAAGCAGGGUGUGGACAAUUACGAAAGUCAAUUCGGAAAGGAUCCAGAUGAGUUUUCUGGUUUCGAUAUAGCUGAAACUGAAGUUAGGAACACCUUGGGCAUAAUCAGGAAGUGCUUGUCCCACUUUCACAAACAGAACAUUACAAGCUUGGGUCUCAAAAAUGAAGAUGAAGUAGCAAAAUAUUUUGAAAAAUCAUUCAAGGACUACAUCGGACAACUAUAUAAGUGGGCACUGAUUUUUGAAUCUAGUUCACAAGUAAAAUUACUUCCGCAAAGGACAAUUUUGAGUAAGCUAAACAAGGAACCAUGAAUGUUGAUGUUUUUGUGGUAAGUGGGCUUUUGAUUCACAACCAAGAAUUUACAUUUGUGUAAGACAAGUGUUAUGUAUUCUGGAGGUCUUGAUGAAUCUUGUCAUCUUGUUUGUUUUGGCUCAAUUGACUAUCUUUCGUUUAUUCUUUAGGCUUCUAGGAGCUUAGAAUGAUAGCUAGGAGCCAUGACACAUGAAGCUCAAAAUUCGAUGAAUUCAUAAGUUUCCAUAAGUAAAUGUCAACCUGUGCACAUGAAUACUUUUUAUUAGUUUUCUUCAAUUGGUUGAAAUUUUAAGCUAAUCUUCUGUUUAAACUUAGCUUAUUACGCGAUACAAUCCUUUCAUUUCUCCUAGAACAUAUGCUGUGCUACAUAUACAAUGGAGAUAAAUGCUCUGGCAUAUCAGCUAAAAUGGGAUUGUUUGGAGGGAAACCAGUGGGAGUAGGUGCAGAAGUGAGUCUCAAUGGCACCAUUAAAGGUGUCCAGGGCUCAUCAGGAUGUUGUUGGAUAGCUAACUAAAGUUUUUAUCCAUUUUGUCACUUGGGGACCUGUUUUUGUGGCAACAAUCUCUAAAGGCGGCCUGUGAUUUAAUGGUCCUGUUGCUACUAUCUUUUAAUGUUUUGUAAGAUAAUGGUUUCUUGAGACUGUGACCUGAAUAUCUCUUAUUGUGAAUUGAAAUUAUGAACCAAAAUUUAGCAUUA